GAACUAGUUUAAAAUUCUAAGUUGUCAUUAGAAAAUCUUAAAGGUAAAACAGUGAUAUUAACUGCUAUUUGCUAUUUUUUUGUUAUCUCGUUCCAAAACAACAUCAAAGUUAUGUGCUGGGUUGGUGUUAAAACCCUACUGUUAAGACAGUCUAUUAGUUUUUAUUGCUGUUUGUUUGUUUUUAAAGGCCUGGUUGCUGAGACACACUAUCAACAGAAAAAUGAAUGAUUCUAGACAGCAGUCACUGUUCUUCAUCAGUCUUCCAGAUUUACACAGACUCUGUGUUGUCAGGAUAAUAUUGAGUAAUGGUGUAGCAGAUACCGAGAUUAGGAGUACACAAAUGAAGAUGUGCAGGCAAUUGCUCUUUCUGCACCAAGAUAUUCUUACAUCACCUGUGCCGGGAAUUUUAAACCAGAUUUGGGUGGUGAUGGCGAUACCAUUUUAUAAAGCUGGAAAGCUUAGUGCCUAUGCCGAGAAAUGUGGAGCUAAGGUGGAGGCUCCACAAAGAGUAAUUCCUGUAAUUCUUCAAAACUGCCUUUCAUAUUCACUCACAGCUAGACUUGCUCCAGCCUGGAAUAAAACUGGUCAUCUCUUGGUUCAAGGAAAAGAUUUUCUUUCUCAGAUGGGAAAGCAAAAUGCUGUUGUAUUAGACAUCAAUGUAACAGAAACUCAAGUUUGUUUGAGUAUCGAGGCUUGCACAAUUAGACUGCCACCACCUGAGCUAGGAGAAUUUGGUAUUCCUGAGAGUGUUAUAAAUGAUUUUGAAACUAACAAGAAUGCUGUCAUCGAGAGACAUUCCAUUUUAAGCAACUGGUGCUAUGUUUUGCCAAGCAUGAAAAUGGGACAGAUAGUAAAUAUUCUUCACACCACCCCCCCUGACUGUCCAUUUCACUCAUACACAGAUGUCCAGAUGCACUGGGAUGACCUGUAUGGCUAUAAACUUCCAGAAGAUUGUGGAAAUAUUAAAAUAUACUGCAGCAUCUAUUUCAGAAUGAUUGGAGACAGAGUCUUCACAUACCCUCUCAGUUGCAUCAGAAGCCAGCCGGUACAGUUUUUUCCAAGAGUGGAUUUGGAAGGUGUGUUGAAAAGUUUUCUUUCAGAUUUGAAAUCUAAACUCCCCCAUAUAUGUGGAUUUUCCAUAAAGAUGACAAAUAAACCAUGCUACUACACACAAGAACUAACUAAACCUCAUAUACAGGAAAACAAAAUCAAGCCAUCCAAUUUGACCACUAAAAAAACAUUCAGGGCUUCUCUGACUCAAGCCACUUCCAUAAAACCUGCCUUGGUCCAAAGUCUCCUAGCAUGUUCAGUAGCAGCGGACCACAAGGUGGAGCUUUCCGUCAGCCAGCCAAAGCCAGGCAUCCUCCCAACCCUGCAUCCGAAGCCAGAAUCUGUUCAGAGCAGACAGAUGUCCCUGCCCAAAAAGGUACCACAAAUGCAUCUGGAAGUGUCAAAGCCCAGUGGAAGAAAUACUCAAGUUCGAGACACACAUCUUAGCUCCCAAAGUGAAAUCAGCCCUAAAUUCAUACCAAUUUUCAAAAAUAGAUUGUUACAGAUGAACAAAAAUAUCUCAGGACCUGGCAACCUGAAAAGAAAACAGCAUGUUGUUACAGAAUCUAAGUUGCUUUCACCUAAAACUGGUGUGAUCCAGUUGAACUUAGGUUCAACUGUAAAGAAAAGAUCUAAUGGUAACAUUCAGAUGCUCAUUGGAAAUUUAAAUCAGAAGAAUUCCAGACCUCUGCAAGAAAAAAAUAUUGAGUCCUGUUCAAAGAUGAGAAAAUAUCCUCCUUCUAAUAGAAAAUCAUUGAUUGAGAAUGUAAAUGAAAGUAAACAACUAUGUGAUAAUUCAGUAUUUAAGAUGUCAGAUAACAAUUCAAGUGUAAUAAAAAGUGCUGUCGACUUCCAAGUGAACGCAAAAGAAAAUUUAACGAGUAAAUAUAUAACACAAAUUUUAGGGAAAGUCCAUGGGUCAGUAAAAAUGAAAAGACAACCAUACAUUUUUGAAUCAGACACAGAAAUGGAAAAUCCCCAACUACUACAACAACAAUCAGUAAAUCAGACUAAUGAAGAUGAUGUAAUAAUCCACAGGCUGAUAUUGAGCCAAACAGCCCACAGAUCUAAAAGAAAAUUAUGUCAAGAAUCUUCAAGAACUUCAAGUAAGCAUCAUUCCAAUACUGGCCUUCAUUAUGGGCAGUCCAGUGCUACUAGAAACCAGGUAAAAAAAAUUUUUUUAAGUCUGAGGAUAUACUAGAGAUAUUCGUCAUACACUAGACCUUUAGAGCCCGUAA